AUGUUUCUGCAUCAUAUACCUUUGCCAUUCUUCCUCGGGGAACAAGACAAGGAAAGCUCAACACCACCAGAAAGAGCAAGCAGCUGCUUCUUCUUCCCCCAUGCUGUCGUAGAAAGAACCUCUGGUUCUUUAGCUAGUCAGAGCCCAAAAUCCAAAUUGAGCGUCUCUGCGAGCUGCAGGACGUUUCAUGAGAGAAUCAUGCCAUCGCUGAAUUUGCUAUGCAGUAGCAGUAGCGCCUCCAAAUUACCCGUGCCUUUCUUUGGUACUGCCUUGGUGGUCCUCCUCUCUUUUGCAUCCCUCGCCAGCUCCUGUACAGAGCAAGAGAAGAGCUCCCUCAUCGACUUCCGAGAUGGUCUCUCCCAGGAGGGCAAUGGCGGCCUCAACAUGUCGUGGGCCAACAGCGCAGACUGCUGCCAAUGGGAAGGAGUAAACUGCGGCAACGGUGGCGUGGUCACAGAAGUCUUGCUGCCUUCUAAAGGCCUCAAAGGGAGGAUCCCACCAUCUCUCAGCAAUCUUACAGGGCUGCUGCACCUCAACCUGUCAUGCAAUUCACUCUACGGCAGUCUGCCAGCAGAAUUGGUGUUCUCCAGCAGCAUCAUCAUCUUGGAUGUCAGCUUCAACAGCCUAUCUGGUCCUCUGCAAGAGCGUCAGUCCCCAAUUUCUGGCCUUCCUCUCAAGGUACUGAAUAUCUCAAGUAACUUCUUUACAGGACAGUUACCAUCCACAACACUGCAAGUGAUGAACAAUCUUGUCGCUCUUAAUGCAAGCAACAACAGCUUUACAGGACCAUUGCCAUCCUCUAUUUGCAGCAACGCCCCAUCACUUGCCAUGCUUGAUCUUUUCUUAAAUGACUUCAGUGGCACUGUUUCCCCAGAGUUUGGCAAUUGCUCCAAGUUGACAGUACUCAAGGCUGGCCACAACAACCUUACAGGAGGUCUACCCCAUGAAAUGUUCAAUGCUACCUCAUUGGAGCACCUCUCUUUUCCAAACAAUAAUUUGCAAGGGGCACUUGAUGGUUCCAGCCUAGUCAAACUCAGUAAUCUGAUAUUCCUUGACCUUGGAUCAAAUGGGCUUGAAGGAGAGAUGCCAGAUUCUAUUGGGCAGCUGGGAAGAUUGGAGGAGCUCCACUUAGACAACAACCUGAUGAUCGGAGAGCUGCCAUCGGCCCUACGUAACUGCAGAAGUCUCAAGUAUAUCACCCUCAGAAACAAUAGUUUUGUGGGAGAUCUUAGCAGAGUUAACUUCACCCAGAUGGAUCUGAGGACUGCAGAUUUUUCACUGAACAAAUUCAGUGGAAGAAUUCCUGAAAGCAUAUAUGCAUGCAGCAAUCUAAUUGCUUUGCGAUUGGCUUACAACAAUUUUCAAGGCCAGUUCUCACCAAGAAUAGCCAAUCUCAGAUCCCUUUCCUUCCUUUCAGUUACCAAUAACUCAUUUACAGAUAUCACAGAUGCACUUCAGAAUCUCAACAGAUGCAAGAACCUUACCUCCUUGCUAAUUGGAAGCAACUUCAAAGGUGAAACCAUACCACAGAAUGCAGCAAUUGAUGGUUUUCAGAAUCUUCGGGUCCUAACCAUAGAUGCAUGCCCAUUGGUUGGGACAAUCCCUCUUUGGUUAUCAAAACUCACAAAAUUGGAGAUAUUAGAUCUAUCAUACAAUCACCUUACUGGAACAAUACCAUCCUGGAUUAACAGGCUGGAACUCCUCUUCUUUCUGGACAUAUCAAGCAACAGGCUUACAGGGGAUAUCCCACCUGAAUUGAUGGAGAUGCCAAUGCUACAAUCUGACAAGAAUGCUGCCAAGUUGGACAUGAAGUUCCUUGAGUUACCUGUAUUUUGGACACAAUCACGUCAAUACCGUUUGCUCAAUGCUUUCCCCAAUGUAUUGAAUCUAUGCAACAAUAGCUUGACAGGCAUAAUUCCCCAAGGGAUUGGUCAGCUGAAAGUGCUCAAUGUCCUCAACUUUAGCACCAACAGCUUAUCUGGAGAAAUACCACAACAAAUUUGCAACCUCACCAACCUGCAAACUCUAGACUUGUCAAAUAACCAGCUCACAGGUGAACUACCAACUGCACUGAGUAAUCUUCACUUCCUUUCUUGGUUCAAUGUGUCUAACAACGACCUAGAAGGGCCAGUUCCAAGUGGAGGACAGUUUAAUACCUUUACAAAUUCUAGCUACAUUGGAAAUUCCAAGCUAUGUGGUCCUAUGCUCAGUGUCCAUUGUGGCCUGGUAGAAGAACCUCCAGCCUCAAUGAAAAGGAGGCACAAGAAGACCAUCUUUGUGCUUGCCUUAGGUGUGUUCUUUGGAGGGCUUGCCAUGCUUUUCUUGCUGGGACGUCUUAUUCUGUUCAUCAGAAGCACAAAAUCUGCUGACAGAAACAAGAGCAGCAACAACAGGGACAUUGAAGCAACUUCAUUCAACUCUGUUUCAGAGCACAUAAAGGGAAGCAUUUUGGUGAUGGUACCUCGAGGAAAGGGAGAAUCAAACAAUAUCACAUUCAAUGAUAUCUUGAAGGCCACAAAUAAUUUUGAUCAGCAGAACAUUAUUGGUUGUGGAGGUAAUGGUCUAGUCUAUAAGGCUGAGCUACCUUGUGGAUCCAAGCUUGCGAUCAAGAAACUCAAUGGAGAAAUGUGUCUGAUGGAAAGAGAAUUCACAGCAGAGGUUGAAGCACUCUCUAUGGCACAACAUGAGAAUCUUGUGCCACUAUGGGGUUAUUGUAUCCAGGGAAACACGAGGCUCCUCAUAUAUUCUUUCAUGGAGAAUGGGAGUCUUGAUGAUUGGCUUCACAACAAGGACAAUGCCAACUCAUUUCUUGAUUGGCCAAUAAGGCUCAAGAUUGCACAAGGAGCAGGUCGGGGCCUUUCUUAUAUCCACAACACCUGCAACCCUAACAUUGUUCAUCGUGACAUCAAGUCCAGCAACAUCUUACUUGACAGAGAAUUCAAUGCUUAUGUUGCUGAUUUUGGCCUGGCAAGAUUGAUCCUUCCUUACAACACACAUGUCACGACAGAGCUGAUAGGCACUCUGGGUUACAUUCCUCCCGAGUAUGGCCAGGCCUGGGUGGCCACACUGAGAGGUGAUAUAUAUAGUUUUGGAGUGGUCUUGCUUGAGCUGCUCACAGGGAAGAGGCCCGUCCAGGUUUUGACCAAGUCGAAGGAACUUGUCCAAUGGGUAAGGGAGAUGAGGUCCCAAGGAAAGGAUAUUGAGGUCUUGGAUCCUGCUCUCAGAGGAAGAGGACAUGACGACCAAAUGCUGAAUGUGCUUGAAGUAGCCUGUAAGUGCAUCAACCACAAUCCUGGCUUGAGGCCGACCAUCCAAGAGGUGGUGUACUGCCUGGAAACUGUAGUUGAGCCCCUGCAGGUGCAGGUGCAGAUGUAA